CACAUUUACCCUCUCUCCACCACUUCAUCAUACGCUCCUCUAAAUGCUUUUUCAAACAUUGUCUUUUUCACAGAUCUAGACCAAUCAAAUUCACACACAAAUACAGAAUAAAGAAUCUUUCACUGUGUUUUCCUUUUCAUUUCUUGAUUAUUGGCUAGCCAGCCAUUCACAGCUUAAUUUAAAACAAAAAAGACUGGUGUAUAUACUGAAAAAGAAAAGGAUUUUCCUUUAUUUCACAUACUAAUCAGAGUUUAAAACAGUGCUCAAUCAUUGAAAACAAAAGGAAAUAUAAUAAUCUUGGUUUUCUAAAUUUUCUUGGGUUCUUGAAAAAUUUAGCUCGCCUUUUGACUUUUUUUUUUUUUGUUUUCUUGGUACCCUUAUUUCCUGGAUUUUCUUGAGAAAAAUUGGUCCAUCAAGUUAAAGCUGGAGUCUUUUUUACUCUACUGAUUUUGGGUUUUGUUGUUUUUUUCUGUUUUUCUUUCAUGUUUUUUUCACCCCACGAAUCUUGGGUUUUGCUGUUUUUUUCUUGUUUUUCUUCACCCUAUGAUCUUGGGUUUUGCUGGUAGUUCAAGUUUUAUAUUUUUUAGGGUACUGUUGAUUGCAUGUGAAGUAGCUUCAUUUACACUUUUUCUGCUCUACUGUCAAUUUUAAAGCUUCUUUAAAUGGUUAAAGUUUUGUAUUUUUCAGUUUUAUAAUGCCAUAAGUAAAACAUAUUGUCACUUGUUUCUGGAUUUAACAGAAUAUAUAGCUUUUAUGUUCUGGUGGGGUGUUUUCUAAGCAAAGUUCCAAGGAGUGUACUUGUUGUAAGAAUAUUUCUGUUUCUGUAAAAGGGUUCUGUUUUUUUUUCUUCAGUUUGAUUAGUAAGAGAUGCUGGUUUCUAAUGAAAAUGAAGAGCAGAUCUCAUUUCCUUCAGAAAAUGCAAAAAAGUUUAUGAAUUCAUCCCCAAUGGUGUUAUCAAAUCUGGAUUACCUUCAAGUUCAGGAAUCUAAAUUCCUUGAUUUCAAGGCUCAGCCAACUUUUUACCCUGAUGUCAAGGUUGUUCUUGAUCCUGAACAUGAACAGAAUGAGCUUCAGGAGGUCAUAUCAAAUCUAGAAGGUGAAAUUGCACAGUUGAGACAAAAUGAGAGAUCAUUGACCAAGAAACGUAAAGAAGCAUUGAACAAGAUAUUAGAUAUUAAAGGUUGCAUAAGAGUAUUUUGUCGAGUUAGACCAUUCUUACUGACAGAAUGGAGAAGAAUGAAUGAACCAGUGUCAAUUGUUUCAGAGAAAGUUGUGAUUAAAUCUGUAGGAAUUAGGAAAGAAUUCAGAUUUGAUAAAGUUUUCCAUCAACCAUCCACUCAAGAGGAAAUUUUUAUUGAUGUUGAGCCAAUCCUUAGAUCUGCACUUGAUGGUUACAAUGUAUGUAUAUUUGCUUAUGGUCAAACUGGCACCGGAAAAACACAUACAAUGGAUGGCACAAAUGAUCAGCCUGGAAUCAUUCCGAGGGCUCUUGAAGAGCUUUAUCGUCAAGCUUCUUUCGAUAAGUCGUAUUCUAUAACAUUUUCCAUGAGCAUGGUGGAGGUUUACAUGGGAAAUCUGAGAGACCUGCUAGCUCCAAAAGUUGCUUGUAAAUCUUAUGAGGCUGCAACGAAAUGCAAUCUAAACAUCCAAACAGAUCCAAAGGGAAUGGUGGAAAUCGAGGGUUUAACGGAGGUCGAAAUUCCAGAUUUAGCAAAAGCAAAAUGGUGGUACAACAAAGGUAGACGAGCUAGAUCAACUUCAUGGACUAAUGUAAACGAGACAUCAAGCAGAUCACACUGCUUAAUGAGGAUCAACAUUUAUCGACAUGGAGAUGAUUUGAAAGCUAAAGCAGAAGCAAGCAAACUUUGGAUGGUGGAUCUUGGUGGCAGUGAACGGUUAUUAAAGACGGGGGCUACAGGACAGACACUUGAUGAAGGGCGGGCGAUAAAUCUUUCCCUUUCCGCCUUAGGAGAUGUUAUUGCUGCUCUCAGGAGGAAGAAAGGCCAUGUGCCUUAUAGAAAUAGUAAGCUAACUCAUUUUGUCAACUGGUUAUGAUCUACGCUUUCUCGCCAUAGAAGAAGAAUGUCUGAUCUAAUUUAAGUGCAAAGAUAAAUUUUAAUUUUGGUCUUUUUUUUGGUUGACUAAUGUGUGUAGAUUUGUGUGAGGUUUUGUUUUAACUGUUCUUGAGUGAUUGGCCUUGACUUAUCUGCCAUUGUUAUUGGUGGCUUAGUGUUGGUUUGUAUUGUUUAGGUUUGAUGGGAGUUGUUAAUGACUUAUUAAUGUGAUACACUGAUUUCAAUGAUAACUUUAUUUAGAAUCCUUUAGAAAAAGGCAUUUUAAGAUUUA